AUGUCAAAAAGGGGUCAAACACGCCAUCUAGAUAUCCGCACACAUCCUACCAGUUCAACUGGCAAAGAGGAUGCUGGUGUAUUCUUUAUCGGAACUGCUACCACAAUUCUUGAAUGGCGUGGUAUCCGCGUCUUGACUGAUCCAAACUUUUUGCACGCAGGAGACCAUGUCCAUCUUGGACCCGGAGUGACUUCACAGAGGAGGACAAACCCAGCUAUUGAACUUGACAAGCUACCUGAAUUGGAUUGUAUCUUGCUGUCACACUACCAUGAAGAUCAUUUUGAUCGGAUAGUCGAAGAUUCGCUGAAUCGGGACUUCCCUAUCGUUACGACUCCGCAUGCGAAAAGAUGUCUGACUUCCUCGUCUAGAUCAGAGCCUUUCAAGUCUGUCUACGCCCUCGACUUCUUUGAGAGCAUGCUUUUGGAAUGCCGGAAUAGCAGCGAGACUGGACAUGACGAAUCAGCAACACCUGCGAUAAAAGUGACUGGAAUGCCAGGAAAACAUGUCCCUCCAGGUCCUAUCUCAAAAUUGAACGACCUGUUGAAUGCGGUACCGCCCACAAAUGGAUGGCUACUUGAGCUGGGCUGGGCAACUGGUAUGAGAGACAUCAGCCACCAUGGCAAUCCAGCGUCAGAAUUUAGAACAAGCUACCGCAUAUAUAUAUCAGGCGACACACUAUUUGUCGACGAGUUGAAGGAGAUUCCAAAGUGGCUUGAAGGGAAGCAAAUUGAUCUUAUGUUAAUUCAUCUUGGAGGCACAACCAUUCCAGGUGCCCUCGCUCCGUUGGUAAUGGUGACUAUGGAUGCCAAGCAAGGGCUCCAGUUGAUUCGUCUCAUCAAUGCAGAUAUCACAAUUCCUAUACAUUAUGACGACUAUGAUGUUUUUCUCUCACCACUGACGGAAUUUAUGAAAGAGAUCGAGCAGGCCGGGUUACAAGACCAAGUUGUCUAUCUCGAUAGAGGAGAUCAAUAUCGAUUUACUGUAUAA